UGGCGAACGGCCCCGCAGCACGCUGGGGGUCUCGGUUUCCGGCGCUGCAGGCCGCGCAGGCGUACUGCAGUGGGUCGCCAUCGCCUCUCGGUGUUCGAGACUGCGGGCGCCCGCGGGGCAACGCUGCGCAGCAGGUCCCCAUACCUCUUCCGUGGUCACAGCAGGACAGGUGGAGGAGGAGACAGGUCUCACGCAGUUGACUGAGGGCUGCUGGGCCACCCUAAAAGAAGCAGAGAGUUCUGUGUUCAGAGCCUGGUGAAACAAAAUGUGGAUCUGUUGUCUUACUGGAGCUGAUAUUACACCCCAUAUCAAAAGAUGCUCCAGGAGAGUCAAAGGAAGAAGAUGGGUAAAGAAGAGUCUAGAGUGGAAGAUGGCAGAUCAACUUGGAAGGAAGCUGAAAGGAAGCUGUGUAGAAAGAUGUCAGGGUGUGUGUAGGGCUCUGGCUGCCUUGCUAUACAGGACAGAGGUCCCGGUAUUGCUGACCUUUCUUGGGUACCUUGUUAUCCUAACCAUCUCUGCUGAGUUCUUGGCUAGACACAGUUGCAUUUUUGUGGAGGCCUGGGAAGAUGUUGCCUUUGGAGAGGGCACUGGCCUCCCCAAGAAGCUCCCCACCCCACCCAGAACCACCUACUGUGCGGCCAGAAGUUAGAUCCCACCGGGAAGUGCCCAGUCAGCAGGAGGAACCCUUUCAGGGGGAAGUAGUCAUUAAGCAACAAGAACCUAGCCAGCAGGAGGAACCCAGGAGGCAGGAUGAACCCAUCCAGGAAGAAGAAACCAUCCAGGAAGAAGAAUCCAUCCAGGAAGAAGAACCCGUCCAGGUGCUGGAACCUAGUCAGAGAGAUGAGCCCAACCAGGGAGAAGAAUCCAGUCAGCAGGAUAAUCCUCUCAACCAGAGGGAAGAACUCAGUGAGCAACAAGAACCCAGCCAGCAGGAUGAUCCUAGUCAGGAAGAAGAACCCAGCCAGUGGGAAGGACCUGGCCAGAAGGAUGAACCUAUGCAACAAGAAGAACCUAUGCAGCAGGUUGAGCCUCACCAGUGGGAAGAACCCAUGCAGCAGGAGGAGCCCAUGCAGCAGGACAAAACCAUCCAACAAGAGCCAGUUGAGCAGGAUAAGUCCACCCCACAGGAAGAACUCAUCCAGCAGGAGGAACUCAUUCAGCAGGAGGAAUUUAUUCAGCAGGAGGAGCCUAUCCAACAGGAAGCCUUCAUUCAGUACAAAGAACCCAUUCAAGAUGCUUCCAUCCAACAGGAACUCAUCCACCACGAGGAGUCCACUCAGCAGGAUAAGUCCAUCCAAAAGGAAGAAUUCAUUCAGCUAGAGAAGUCCAUCCAGCAGGUAGGGUUCAGCAAACAGGAGGAACCCAGCCAACAGAAACAGCUUAGCCAGAAGGAUCAACCCAACCAACAGGAAGAACCCAGCCAACAGGAGGAACCCAGCCGACAGGAGGAACACAGCCGACAGGAGGAACCCAGCCGGCAGGAGGAACCCAGGCAACAGGAAGAACCUAAUCAGCCAGAAGAACCCAGGCAACAGGAAGAACCCAGGCAACAGGAAGAACCUAACCAGCCAGAAGAACCCAGGCAACAGGAAGAACCCAGCCAACAGGAAGAACCUAACCAGCUGGAAGAACCCAGGCAACAGGAAGAACCUAACCAGCUGGAAGAACCCAGCCAACAGGAAGAGCCUAGCCAAAAGGACCAACCUAACCAACAGGAGGAAUCUACCCAACAGGAAAAGCCUGCCCAGCAGAAGGAAACAGAAACCAGCACUGAAAGAUCUGCUGCUGACCUUGAGUUUUCCCGCCUGCGCUUUCGGGAGUUUGUCUACCAGGAGGCAGCUGGACCUCACCAGACUUUGGCCCAGCUUCAUGAGCUAUGCCGCCAGUGGCUGCGGCCCGAGGCCUGCUCCAAAGAGCAGAUCCUGGAGCUGCUGGUUCUGGAGCAGUUUCUGGGCAUCUUGCCAGACAGGGUUCGUCCCUGGGUGGUAGCCCAGUAUCCUGAGAACUGCGAGAAGGCUGCCUCCCUGGUGGAGGGUCUCUCUGAUAUCCUGGAGGAGCCAGGAAUGCUGUGUUCCCCGGGUGGGUCAUCAUCUUCAUUCAGCGAGGGAGACUAUAAGAGGUGUCCUGAGCCCCUGCUGCUACCACGUGGGUUGUUGGGUCCCAGCAGAGACCUAAGACCUAGGGACAUCCUUGUACGCCGUGAUAUGUCUCCCCUUCUUCCAGCCUGGCCUACUCUGGAAUCUGUACAUCUGGAUGAAAAACAUUUAGAGGGAGAAAAGAAUGAAGAGGCCAACUCUGUCACAGCUGAGCCAAAGGAGUCUCUACAGUCAGAAUGGGACAACCUGGACCCCGCAGAAGAUAACCUGACCAGUUACAGCAAGCUGCUCCUGUUGGGGUGUCAGUUUUUCCAGUCUGGUCCAUCCUCCACGCUGGAGACAGAACCAGAGGGACGUUGUGUGGCAGAAGAACUACCAGGAGGCAGCCUCCCCGACAGUACGGGGCAGCAGGAAAGCAAAGGAAAUAUGUGUGCGGAGAUCUCCAUGGAGGAGACACUGAUGGAGAGGCUUUCGGGGGAUGCUCCUGUUAGUCCUUCCAUAGGCACUGCCCAGGGGGAACAGCGACCUCAGAAGGCUAUGGAUGCUGAGGAUGAGGAUUCAAGUCCUGCCAGUCCCCAGGGGCAAUCAGUCAUCCGGCAGUCAGCCCAGGACAAGGCUACACCACAUAAAGGCAUUGGGACAAAGAGGCCUCAUCCAGAUGACGAGGACAAAGAGGAUCCUGAGUGUCCUUCCAGCACCAGCAGCUACAAGCUGCCAUCUGAUGUAGGGAAGGGGCUCCAUGUGGGUGGCCGUGAUUCUGGGCAGGACCCAGGAACUUCUGCUAUGCGAUGCCCUGCAGUUGAUGAGUUUCAUGCAUCUCAAGGGAAGCCCUAUACAUGUAGUGAAUGUGGCGAGGCCUUUGCAUGGAUCUCGAACCUUUUGGAGCAUCACAAGAGCCACAGCACUGAGACAUGCUAUGUGAGCCAGGACUGCUAGGACCCCUUCCAGUUCAGCUUGGCUGCGGUCAAGCACCAGAAGAGUCACAUACAAAAAAAGAAAAGCCACGCCCAGUGCCCACCUCUGCCACAAGCAAAGCCACUGGUGAGAGGAUUGACAGCUCCUAGUGUGUGGGUAGUUUUCCCUGUACAACCUGAGGUGUCAGGUGAGGAACUCUGCUAUGAGUGUCCCAUGACAUGACAGUUGUGGCAUGAGUAUUCUUAAGGCGCACGUGUGGUGGUGGCUUCUUGUGGUAUCUAUGGGCACAUCUGUGUUACUUUCUGGAUGCUCAUGUGCUGAAAGCAACUGGAAAUGGGUGUGGCCCACAGGAAGCCCUCAUCUUAGAAACAUACUUUGGGCUAAUGUCCUAUCCUGUAAGCCAUCAGAUGUGAGGGAAAACUCCAUUUCUGCAGUGUUUUAAUACCACACAUACUCUGGUCAUUUGACAUUGUACAAAGUGUUAUGUUGCCUUAAAGUAUGUGGUGUUUUCUUGAGCAUUCCUUGCCUCAGUUGCUUCUCCUUGAGCUCCCUGUCUGUUCACACAUCUAUUUGGCCUUUUUGUAAAUAUGUAAUGUCAGGUUUACUUCUGAAUCCUCAAGAGUAGAAAUUGUUUCUGAGUUCAAGUUACAUGUAUUUUAAUAUAUAGAGUUGCUUGCAAAGAUCACAAAAAGUUGCUGAUUUUGGACUGUGCAUUUCAGCCCAUUAGUGAAAUUGUGAACCAGUUAGUGGAUGGCCACUGGCAUUACAAAGCAAUGAAGAGGAAUGAAGUAGGUCAGAAUGCAUCAUGCAGUAAAGGCAAGUAUUGUUUUGUGAAACUUCUCAGCUGUGUAUCUGAGAGCUGGCUACCAUGUUAAAUGUAUUUAUUAGGGUAUGAUCAAAAGAGGUUUAAAAAUACUAACAAAGGUUGAAGAAAUGAUCUGUAUCUGAACUAAGAACCAAAUGUGGCCUACAUAGGUGAUCUUGAGGUUUUGCUUUAACUUCAGUUUACAGCAUUGUUUCUGUUGCCUUACCAAUAAAUUUAAUUGCCAUGCAGAUACAGAAAGGUGUCUCUGUCAGUGUUCGAGGAGGCAAUUUGUGUAACCCCCAAACCAGAGGCUUACCAUAAUAAAGUAUUUAUUUCUUCAUUCA